UGCCAAUUGGAGCAAAUCCCCUUUCCUGCCCCUCCCCCUCCGCCUUUCCUCUCUCUCGCUCUCCUCCUCUCCUCUCCUCUCCUUCCGCAUCACACACCACGACUCCCAACCGCCGGUUGGCUUUGCUGCUCCGAGCUCUUCCACACCCGCCCUCUCUCUUGUGGGUCGGCGGCCGAGUGUCUGCGUCGUCCACGGAGAUCAGGGAUCGGCGGCGGGGUAUGGCGAGGGAGCGUCGGGAGAUAAAGAGGAUAGAGAGCGCGGCGGCGCGGCAGGUCACGUUCUCCAAGCGCCGCCGCGGCCUCUUCAAGAAGGCUGAGGAGCUCUCCGUGCUGUGCGAUGCCGACGUCGCGCUCAUCGUCUUCUCCUCCACGGGAAAGCUCUCCCAGUUCGCCAGCUCCAGUAUGAAUGAGAUCAUUGACAAGUACAGCACACAUUCUAAAAACCUGGGGAAAGCAGAACAGCCUUCACUUGACUUGAACUUAGAACAUAGCAAAUAUGCAAAUUUGAAUGAGCAACUUGUGGAAGCAAGCCUUCGACUCAGGCAGAUGAGAGGUGAAGAACUUGAGGGAUUGAGUGUUGAAGAACUCCAGCAAUUGGAGAAGAAUCUGGAAUCUGGUCUGCAUAGGGUCCUUCAAACAAAGGAUCAACAAUUCUUGGAACAGAUCAGCGACCUCGAACAAAAGAGUACACAACUGGCAGAGGAGAACAGGCAACUGAGGAAUCAAGUAUCCCACAUACCCCCAGUUGGCAAGCAAUCAGUUGCUGAUGCUGAAAAUGUUAUCGCUGAAGAUGGGCAAUCCUCUGAAUCAGUCAUGACUGCGUUGCAUUCUGGGAGUUCACAGGAUAAUGAUGAUGGUUCGGAUGUCUCUCUAAAAUUAGGGCUGCCUUGUGUUGCAUGGAAGUGAAAAAACAAGAUGGUCUGUGUUGAUCUGGGUGGAGCUGCGGCUUCAGCAGAUAGGCACUUGUGUUAUUGUCUUAUGGACGACCCCCGACUACUGCAAUAAUCUUGCAUCGGAAGCGAGAUCAGUUAACCUGAUUUGUCAUCCUUGUGGCUUCAUGAUGCGAUGUUGCGCUUGUACCGUUUGCUAGGAUGUUAACUGGACUAGAAUCGUGUCUACUUUUGUACUGCUCGUGAAUCCUAUCUACUUUGUGCUAUCCAAAGUUAUGACCUACCACUUGCAUCGGCAUGGCGCGCCGGCCGUAAGCUGUGCUCAAGCAUGCAUGCUUCGUGUUA